UUCUGUCGUCGUCUUUCGUUUUUUCGGUUGAAUCGAAAUGGCUUGUGCAAGCUUUGCUAAACUUAACGCAGCGUCGUCUCAGUGGAUCGGGCAACGGUCCUUUGCCCAACGCCCCGAAUCAUCCACUCAUCUCGCCACAAGCCAAGUCUCGGUCCCGAUCCGCGCUAGCUCAUGCACAGAGGAGCUCGUUAAGACCACUGUUAGUCUAUCUCUGCAUCCUUUACUAUUGGUUCGCAAUCAAGUCGCAAGAGAAAGAUGUGAAUUUUACAAUUCCGCCAAAAGAAUGUCGAAAUCACAAAUUGGUUGCGGAAAAGAUGGUGGUCGGUUGGCGAGGGUAAGGUGUGGGGGGCUGGCUCAAGAUGAUGGCGUAGACAGUGAAGAAAAGGAUAAAUUUUAUAUGAGGAAAUGUGUAGAGUUGGCUGCUAAGGCAACUGGGUUUACAAGUCCCAAUCCCAUGGUGGGGUGUGUGAUUGUUAAGGAUGGCAAGAUCGUGGGUCAAGGGUUUCACCCUAAAGCUGGACAGCCUCAUGCUGAGGUAUUUGCUUUGAGGGAUGCUGGGGAUUUAGCAGAGAAUGCAACAGCAUAUGUGAGCUUGGAACCAUGUAAUCACUAUGGAAGAACUCCACCAUGCACAGAAGCGUUGAUCAAAGCCAAAGUGAAGAAAGUUGUUAUUGGAAUGGUGGAUCCAAACCCAAUUGUGGCCUCAAAGGGGGUGGAUAGACUGCGAGAAGUAGGAAUUGAAGUUAGAUUCAGUGUGGAAGAGGACUUGUGCAGGAGGCUCAAUGAGGCAUAUAUUCAUAAAAUGCUGACAGGGAAGCCUUUUGUCACACUUAGAUAUUCUCUCUCUGUCAAUGGGCAAUUUUUGGACCAGCUUGGGGAACGUGUGAUGGGUUCUGGUGGAUACUACUCAAAAUUGUUACAGGAAAAUGAUGCGAUUAUAUUUUCUUCUGCAUUGGUAUCUGGAAAGUACUCUAUCCCUGCAUCGCAAGAAUCAGGAGCCAAUCAACCCCUUAAUAUCAUAGUAGCUAGUGCCCUUAACUCGUUAGACCAACGUUUUAAUCUCUCAGCUGAAGAUUCUAAAGUAAUUAUAUUCACAGACAAAGAAACAAGAGUAAAAGCAGAAACAGCUCAAAAGGAUACCGAAACAGUGGUUUUGAAUCGGAUAACCUUGGAUGGAAUUCUGGAAUAUUGUAAGCAGCAAGGGAUGUGCAGUGUUUUAGUAGAUUUGAGAGGUAGUUAUGGUGAUCUUGAAGAGCUUCUUCAAGAGGCUGUUGAACAGAAUAUGUUACAGAAAAUCGUUGUUGAAGUGUUGCCACUCUGGGAAGGAAGGGAAGGUAGGGAUGUCAUGGUGUCGUUGACGAGUUUGGGGAAGAAACUUAAAUUGAAGAAUCUGCAGGCAAAGACUUCAAAUGAGAGCAUUGUGCUUGAGGGUUAUGUUUAGUGUAACUUUAUUGUGGCCUAGGAGCCAAGAUGUUUAUGCUGAAACUCCGUAAUUCUGCUAGGCUUUGUCAACUGGUCUGCGAUGAUACAGUUAUCUUACCAGGGGUCGAAUCUUUCCGAGGGUGAAGUUAAAUAAUCAGCACAUUUAAGCUGACAUGAAUUGCUACUUUUCUUCCACAGGAAAAGAACAAUGUUGUGGCCGCCUGCCAAGGGCUACAUUGCUGUAGCAUGACUUUUUUGCUUUCAUCUUUGCCCUGAAAUUGUAUUAUUCUGUAGUCUUAUUUGAACUUGGAGAAGCGUUCCUCCUAAUGACACUGACAGAUGAGAAGGGCAUUUAAUGAA